GCUCCACCAGUUUGAUUAUCAUCGUCAACACUGCGUAUAGUGGGCUACAUGGAUAAUGAACCUCAGCAGUGUAUGAAUAUAUGAAUGUAUGUGACUAGGGUGACUGGCAUGUAGAGCACUCACUGUGGUCAGAAAACUCAUAUAAAAGUACAAAAUUUAGCACCUUGAGGAAAAUCUGUGUACUUUGUGGAUGAAAUCAAUUCAUUUUAAAGGGUCACAGAUAAAUGCUAAGAUCAACAAGACCAAAGAAAUCUGAUCCUUUAACAGUUCAGUUCAGUGCUCAAAACAUCUGUCCACCAAAGAAGAAAAAAGACCAGACAUACUUUACCAUUCCAUCAAUCCCUAAACACGUGUCUGUGGCACCUUGAUUUUGCAAUGACAUUUACCAGAACCAAUAUCAUUGUUUUCAGAGAAUAUUCAACUUUAACAGAAAACAAGAGGGGAAAAAUGUCACCCGUUAACCUUUCCUUUCCUUUUGAAUGAGAUGACAACUGUCAGAUUUUCACACAUUAUUUAUCUAUCAGGGGGAGAGACACCAGACACUUUAACCUCAUCCCAUCUUCAAAUAAAAAGAAAAGGCAUAAACAAAUAUUUACAGCCUCCAUUUGGCACAGAAAGUGUGAAACGUUGUUUUAGGUACAAUGACGUUGCAUAAACUGAGGGGAAUAAUAAGUCAAACAAACUGGCUGAUUUAAUAACCUUAACCUGCAGCAACAAAUACAUGCAUCCACACCUGAAGGCACAUGAUAUUAGAAACUUGCAUGCUAUGUUGUCCUCUUCUCCCCAUACUCUCCUUGUUCAGCCUCUAGUACUGCUGUUCCUGUCGGCAGUGACUCACCAGUUUUUAUGCAUGGAUGAGAUCCCCCUGCUGGUCUUCCACAGAUCUGCACCACUUGUAAAAGUCAGAACGUGUGUAUAUGAGUUUGGCAGGCAGGGUUGUCAGAUGGGAAAAUCUGAGCAAAAAAGUCAAUGAGUAACCAUUUCCCCUCCUUCAGCAGCAACUACUGUUGAGUGUGACCAAAAGCCGAUUACUCCACCCCAAGUGCUUGUGUAUUGAGUGUGACUGUAUUGAGUAGCACCCACCAGUUUUAUGCAGUAUGAGACGAAAAGAGCAGCAGAAUGAUUAUGCAAGUCAACACACACACUCACAAAGCUCUUUUACGGGAUAAUGGCUGCUCUACAGAUCAAGUAUUCAUAACAACUCAUUUGCAUCCUUGUCCUCCUUUAGGAUGGGACAAGCAUUCAUAUGGUUACCAUGGAGAUGAUGGCCACUCCUUCUGCUCCUCUGGGACUGGUCAACCAUACGGCCCAACAUUCACUACAGGGGAUGUCAUUGGCUGCUGUGUGAACCUCAUUAACAACACUUGUUUUUACACUAAAAAUGGUAUCAGUUUGGGUAAGUUCACCUGUUUUCAUGCAAUCACACUUCUGUUGACAACGUGAAAUCCUCAAAUCCUAACUGUUGGUCAUUCUGUCCCUUAGGUGUGGCAUUCACAGACCUCCCUGUAAGUAUGAUCAAAUGUACCUCACAUAACUCCAGCAUUAUUUUCAUGAUAGAUAAACAACCAAACAUGGCCUGUGGUUUGAUCAUGACUUUUUACCUCUUAUCAUUGUAAAGUUUCAAGAAAAAAGAUCAUCCAAAUGAGAAUAUUUUUCUCCUCUGUGGCUCCUACAUGCAUUUACAAAAGCAAUCCAGUCAAACCCUACUAUGUCAAAUCAUCUGAGUCAAAAGCAAAAUAACACUUAGUGCCAAUUUAGUAUAAAGUUUGUCAUAAGUAAGACCUUAAACUCUUCAAAAUUCUAAUGAAAAAAGGCCAUAUUGGAGUCAACUCUGCAGUUUAGUGUUAGUGUUUGGUAAGUUGUCAUGAUGAAUAAGACUUCUGUCACCACAAACCUCAUCAGUGUCGGAAAAUGAUACAGCUUCAACGAUACUUCAGUAUUUGUCUAAUACAUACAGUAAGUGAUGCAGAAACCAACUUGAAUUAUUUAUAUUUUCUUUUGCACCGAUAUCUUCCAGCCCAAUCUGUACCCAACAGUAGGGCUUCAAACUCCAGGUGAGAUUGUGGAUGCUAACUUUGGCCAGCAGCCAUUUGUCUUUGACAUAGAAGACUACAUGAGCGAAUGGAGGGCAAAGAUCCACGGCAUAAUCGCUCGCUUUCCCAUAGGGGAGAGGCUUGGGGAGUGGCAGGCCAUCUUGCAGAAGUAAGCCUCAGUCCCUACAACUCUGGAAACACUUCAACAUCAAUCUAUUUAUUUUACUUCUAUACCAGGAUGGUGUCAGGGAAGCAGAUGACCACAACCACAGGCGUUAAUCAUGUGAUACAAAAUCCCCUUAUGGCCAGAGAGUCUGAUGUCAUGUUUGUCAAACAGAUUUCACUCUCCCUUACUAAACUGAUACAGGGCAUAGUCUGUUAAUGUUUUUGUCAUGCCAAGCCCACUCCACUGACUAAAUUAUGUUUGACAGCAUAUGAGAUAUGAUAAAACCUCAAGAAACCCACUAGAAAUCAUCUGUGUUUAGAGAGAAUAGCACUGACUACCAUAGUGUGGAUGUAUAUACUUAAGUUCCUUAAGAGUGUCAAUAUAAAGCAUCACCUAAUUCAUUAUUUGGCUUAUUGAACCAUCAAACAAUGCUUUCAUGUUUUUUCUCCAGUAUGGUGUCCAGCUAUCUGGUGCAUCAUGGGUACUGUGCCACCGCAACAGCCUUCGCCAGAGCCACAGAGACCAUGAUACAAGAGGACCAGACAUCUAUAAAAAACAGGCAGAGUGAGGGACCAUUAUUGAAUUGAAGUGAAUCAAAUGUGACCUGCUGCAGUGAUUUGAUACCGUAUCAAGUCAUCUUAAAGGACGAAUGUGCGAUUCCAAACCAAUUUUUUUUGUUACUAAUUCUGCAAAUGCAGGUAAACAGUAAAAAAUGUUUGAGCUGUCAUAACCUGCAUGCUCUGAGUACAUAUGCAGUCAUGCUCUGUAAAUGGAAAACAUACCAAGGGGCACGAUUUGAGGCACUCCACAGUUGCCAAUGGAAAAUCAGCUUUCUUUCUUUCUUUUCCAAGUGUUUGCUAAAAUCGCACAAGAAUCCUGAGCUGCUGUGCUUGCUUUGGGGAGGCUGUCCUGUCUUAUCCCCUCUGCAUGAUGGCUUUGUCACAGCAAAAGAAGCAAACCUGACUGAGAUGAAUGAUGUUACCCUUUGUAGUGCUGUAGGCUUCAGCCUCAUACCUCAAGCCCUGAACUGUUUCAAGUGUUGCAUAGCCACAAACUAUCAUUAAUAAACAAAAGCUCACCUGGUGUGUCCUGGAAUUAAACACCCUGAAUUCCCUGCGGCACUGCUCAAGGUCUUUGGCUCCAAAAACGAGGCCAUUGCUUUGAACAACUCUGAUCUGGUUUUGUGGUCUUAAAAGUAUCCCAUCAGUACUACAGCCCCAAUUCCAGGAGAGUUGGGAUUGUGCAUAAAACAUUGAUAAAAUCAGAAACUCCAUGAUUUGAAACGUCUCCACUGACCAGUGGCCUCUAUAACGAAUAUAUCAGCCUUUCUAAUGAUUGUUGUAAAAGCCUGUCCCUCCUUUAUCAAUACACUGUGUGUGACUCUUUUACUUUCUCCAAACAGGAAUACAGAAGCUGGUAUUGGCAGGGCGGGUGGGUGAAGCCAUAGACGCUACACAGCAACUUUAUCCCGGCCUGUUAGAAAGGAACCCCAACCUACUAUUCAUGUUGAAGUAAGUGGAUGUCAUUCAAAUGGUUACCAAGAAGGAGGCUGUUUCAAUACUUAAUUUUUUAGGCUAAGCAGUAAUUGUUUUCUUUGAAGUGACACUGCUGGUGGAUGAGACACAUGUAGUGCUUGUUUCUCAAAGCAACAUAAGACAGUGCUAUAAUUUCUUGAACUUCCACAAAUAUGGACACCAUCAUGUCUGUGGAACACGUGGGAAGUCAGUGGAAGUGUGUUUGCUGUUUGACAAAAGUUUGGAUGUUCAUCCUGCCCUCCUCUAUCUGUUUCGUAGGGAAGAAAGGGAUCUCUUCCCCGCUUUUCAGACUUUCUUGUCAGUGGUUAGUGCAUGGUAAGAUGUUUGGUCAGGAAGAAAAGAUGUUUCUUGUCUUCUCCUCUUCCUCCUCUCAUUCUGUUGAACACCUACAGUAAAAUAGACAGUAUACUACAGUAACAGUCAGUAAGCCCUAUUGUACACCCAGUACAAAGCAUCUUGGCGAGCAGGAGUCAAUGUUUUUUCCACCAACACACUUGUCAGAUUCCCAGUGCCCAUGUGCAAAUGACGAGUGGAGUGACUCCUGUGGAAGCUCCCAUGAGAGUGUCGGUCUUCAGAGGAGAAGUGGUAGUGACAAAGAUGGCACAUUUGUAUUUUGGAGACGGAAAUUGGCUCUGCCCUAUACCAACAAGAACCUGGUCUAAUGGCUUGCAAAAUUGCAUUUCUCAGUAUUUCUUCGUUUAAAUUGCAGUGAGCCUCUGGCAGACACAAUCAGCAGGUUCAGACACAGUGAGAUUUCCUAUGUCACAAAUCCAAGCUCCGCCCCCGGAGCCCCAGCAAGACUCAGAGAAAUAGAGAGGAUGAUCACGGAACAAGCGUGUGUGUUAGCGGAUUGCAAUGCUCAUAAGAAAGCUAAUUAUGCUAUUAACUUUCAUCAUGUCCUCAAAGACAUUAGUGUUAGAGAGCUGAAUAGCUCCUAUGUUACCUGCUACUUCUACUACGCCAACAAUGUUAGGCUGCAAGCUAGCAUGAAGAGGAGUGUGGGGAGCAGCACUGUCUCAGCCCACGACUCAGAGGUGAAUUGGAGGUGAAAAGAAAAGCCCUUGAAAAUAACACAGGUAAUGUAAUUUUGGCUAAAAACUUCAUAGUCACGAUUUAAAGACCACUGAGAACACUUUAAGUAGUUAAAAAAACGAUCAGGGUGGGACUUAAAGUUAGUGGCACAAUAUCUUCUUGUUACUUAUGGGAACACUAGUGAGACAGUAAGCUUAGCAAAAUUUACAAAAUUCCCUUUUUUUUGCUGUUUAUACAUAUAAAGAGAUGCAGAGCAACAACUGCUAACACAAUAUUAUUGUAUCUUCUAAAACAGUGAACUUGAGUUGUCUUUAAUAGGACAGAGGGACUAUUAUUUCAUCCAUUUCCUACAGGACUACCAUAUUUACCCAUAUCUGUUGAACCAGGAAAGUCCAUGAUGAAUUUUGCUGUUUGGAGGGAUUGGUUAAGUUGGUAUAAAAUCAACCCAUGCAAUGAAACCUAACUUUUAUAGUGGGCUGCGUGUAUUUUCUGCAUUUUAAGGGAUUAAAUUAAUAAAAAGAAUUUAGUAAAAUGGCUCAUACUCAGUUUAUUGAGGUAAAAUAGGCUAAAAUCUGCAGCUUCCACUGUAGCAAACUUGCCCGCAGGAAUACCUAAUCUUUAAAAGUGAUGGGAGAAGGUACACUGAACAGUUUGUAUUAUUUUGUGCCCAAAACACAUCCGUUAGUUAUAGAGGGACUUAAUCGAACCAGAUUUUGCCCCGCACCUUGCUCAGCAUCCAGAUUGUGCAUCAUUUAACUACCAAAUUAUGGUAAGAUAUGCCCUAAAAUCAUGUUGUGCUCAAAACAUGCAAUUUAGAUGGUUAAAAGGCUAAAUUGUUGCUGAUGUUACUAGCUUGAUAUGCAAUCUUUCACAGUGAUUGGUAUAAGGGAUGUCCUGAUCAACUUUUUUGCCCCCCGAUCGGAUCUUUCAUCAUUGAAAAUCGGCUGAUGCCAAGCCCUGAUCCAAGACUUUACCUAGAUAAUAUCUGGCUGGAUAAUCAGCGGCAAUUUGUUCCUUUUUUUGUUGUUUUCAACAAAAAUAGCUAUCGUAACUAAGUUAACUAUAAGGUGUCUUUAGCUUAUGUCUGCUAACUUAGUUAGCUUAGUCAGAUGCAUUUUGUGCAGUUUUGCACAAAAGUGUAAAACUGGUGAGCGUGUCUUAAACAUAGACUGUAUAUAGAAUGGACAGAGUCUGCCUCCUCGCUAAGCAAAGCUUAUGGGGCUGUUUACAAACUUUAGAAAUUUAUUACACAGAAUAUAAAUUUUUCUCCCCCCUGCUUGUGAUGUUGACAUGUAGUUAUUGUAAGACUGGUUUGUGCCCAAGUCCUCUUUUUUCUGUGAAGCUCCGUUUUUAAAAGUUAUUAGGGGGUUCAUGUUUUCUAUGAUUGACAACUGAUACAGCCUAUUGGCGUUCAGGGAUUGUGUAGCUCACCCGAGGGAUACGCUGUUUGAGCCGAGCGUCAUCACAGCGAUUCUCGGCGACUGUGCGGCUGAACGCGCACAUCGUUACUGCGCAGUGCUGGUUUCGGGAAAUGAAGAAAAAUCCCAGAAAUAUCGAGAGCUUUUUGGCUUCAAAUCUGUAUACAGGCGGUAGGCGGAACCAGGUUGUCCAUAGUAUAAACAGUCUAUGGUCUUAAAACACACAUUGAAACAAUGUUGCUGUGAACCCAACUCUUAUGUGAAAGUGUGAGAUUCACAAUGGUGAUGCCCAGGACAAAGGAUGAAAACAUUGAGCAUUGCUCUCUUGUUGUUUGCCCCUUCUCAUAUCUAUUUUUCUACAAACUGGAUUACAAUAUCAACUGACCGUGAUCACUUCAAACUGGAACUGGGAUUCAGCUUGAGGUGCAAGUGGGACUAAGAAGCAUUAUGGGACAAAUGUCAGUUUUAAAUGACUAAUGUAAAUUUUAAGGCUGUCACAGCAUGUUCUCGGUGGGGGGGUGCCACAAACUUUGCAGCACAGCUCUACGGAGUAGGACAUGUGCUGCUGCGGUUUUCAGGCAUCAUUUAACUGGUCAUAUUUCACACAGCUCUGUUGCUACUACCCCCUAAAUAAUCCUGUUGAAUAUGCAGGUGACUGCCGACCUCUCUUCACUUUCUAGUGUGUAUUAUGUCUACACUGCUGACAUUAUAGCCACAGGGUUGCUAAUGCUGCUGACUGUCCUGUGUUUAUACUUAUGCUUUUGGGCCAUCUGCCCUUCAUGGACAACCACAGGCUGCUUUGAAGUGGUUGUAGUAAUCUGACUGGCUGUUCAUAUGUGUCUAUGUUGUGUUUGUUUGACAAAAACAACAGAUCUGAAGUCUGAAAUCACAGUUCACCAUUCGGUAUCCGGCACCUUUAGUCAUAAUCUGGCUAACUUCAGUGAUUUUACAGCUCAAUCCCAGCAGUGAUUGGCCACAUCUCAUCUCCAGACCAGUUUCUGGAUAAGAUGGUAGGCGAGAGGUGAGGUGAGACAAGGUGUCAAAACUGUGCACAAAGAUGUGCACAAGGUCAUUUUAUCGUACACGCGUAAGAUGGCCAUUGAUUUUGGUGAAAUUCUGGAUCAUACCUUCACCAUCUAAGAUGCCUUGAGACUUAGACUGAGUGUCAUAUGUCUUUUUAAACUGUAAAGCCUUUGGUUUGAAUUUUGAUGCAAGUAGUUCAAGUUAAAUUCAGUUCAAUAAACAUAUACACAAUCAACCCUCUGAAAAAUUUACACAAAUAAAAAAAAACGGAAUGUUUGUUUUCCUAAUUGGAGUCUGAAAUCCACCCGUAUUUCCUUUGCUCUCUAGGUGUCGUCAAUUUGUGGAGAUGGUGAAUGGUACAGACAGUGAGGUUUGUUGCUUGACCAUUCGCUCACCCAAGUCUCAAGACAGUUACCCUGGCUCACCUAGCCUCAGCCCCCACCAUGGCACCAGCAUCACACACCUGCACAGUGGAGGUAUGUAAGCUCAGCUCUUAUAAAAGUUCAAAAAUUGACAAGAGGUUUAUUUCCCCUCUAAUUCUUACCCAGGAGCAGACAGCCCAACCUGCAGUAAUGGGAUGACCCCCUCCAACAAAUCAAAGAGCCACAGCGGCGCUGGCGGCACUAGUGUCAAAUAUCCUAGUGUGUCCUCCUCCAACUCAUCAUCAACCUCUUCCUCCCCUUCCUCCGUCAACUACUCUGAGUCCAACUCAUCUGACUCCACAAAGAGCCAGCCUCACAGCGCCAACAGUACCCAGGAAACAAGGUAGGAGGAAGGCCUGCCAGUGUCAGUCCAAAGCAGACAAAGUCAGACCUGUUGAAGUAGAUAAACAGCAGAUUUGUUUUCAAGUAUUUGCAACCUUGUCAGAUGGAGCAUAUACUAUAUAAUAGGGCUGGACGAUUAUGCAACAAUAAUAAUCACCUUAAUUUUGACUGAUAUUAACAUCACAAUUAAUAAACACGAUUAUCCAUUGAUUUCAGAACAUGAGUAUUAAUUGAACCACCAAAGCUUAACUUUAAAUAUAACUUAAAAGAACAGCCAGAAAUAAAUUAGUAACAAGUAAAAAAAUAAUGCUCCACGGUGCAGCGCCCGUGUGUGCACGCAUAUUCUGAUACAUAUAAGUCUGAGUUAGAGCCAAGUAAAUUUAAAAGAAAAAUCAUUUUUUAGGUGUGGCAGCUUUUAUUUAGCCAUGGCGGUGUGCCACGAUCAAUUGCAUAUAGGGGAAACCAUGAAGUUGGCCGUGUUGCCUCAGGGAGCAGACACGACAUUGGGACAAACUUUGCAAACUGUUUUCUUAUGUUUGACGUCUGUCAUCUUGAAGCCAAAAUGUUUCAAGAUAACUAAAGCAGUCCUACCUUCCCUCUGAACCAAAGGCUGCCUAUGUUUUCAAUCGCUCACUCCUCAUAUUAUUGAUACACACAUGUCACACACUUGCUGCAGCUGCACGUAACAGAGGUGCAUUUAAGGUCUUUUUCCAAUACCGGAACUCAUAUACACGCCGCACCGUGCGGCGCAUUAAUCUUUUAUCUUUGGAUAUAAUGUUUUUAUGAUCAUGAGAAGCCAAAAUUGAAAUCAUGAUUAAAAUUUGAUUAAUCGUCCAGCACUACUUUAUACAAAGACACUGUACAGAUACACAGUGAGGUGGAUGUACAAUUGUUGCAGUUCUACUCAAUUUGAUCAUUUUGUCUCUGCAGCUUGUUUUAAACAGUUUUCAUUGUGAGAUACUGGAUAACUUGAAGGAAGUUUACAAUGAUCUCUGCCCUGUUUCAUUUACAAGUCAUCCUCCUUUGUGCAUAUGAAUGUUCUGCCCUAUCACAGCCCUGUGAAGCCCACUGUCUGGGAUUACUUCUUUCCUGGCAUUAUGAUGUCAAACCUGGUCUCUCUAGAAUUUGACAAUGUUUAAAUAAUAUUUGUUAUUUGCCACAAGUCAGUAUUUGCGCUGUGUUCCUCCUUCUGCUCUUUUAAUGGGCAUUGAUGAGAGAUGACAUAUUUUUUAGUGCCUCAGGCAAGAUUGAACAAUAUGAAUCAGAAGGUAACCGCAGCUGUACAAGUAUUAGUCAAAGUUGUUUGUCACUGCCAAUCACAUCUGAUCUUUGAAACUGCAAGGAAUACCCCUUGAUGUCACCUGUGUGUCCCUGUGUGUGCAUGUCCGUGUGUGUUUAGUGACAGUGACAUGGAAAUAGAAGCAGAGCACUAUACAAACGGGGUUGUAGAGGGGUCCUCAGCCCGGAUCAUGAAUGGCACAUACAAACAUGAAGAAAUUCUUCAACCAGAUGACAACAGCAUCGGCAAUGGGGUCACAGGUGCUCUCUCUUUCUCACACACACACACACACACACACACACACUGGGCUCUAUUUUCAUGCCCGCCAGAGGUGCGGCAGAGGGUGGCGCAACCCACGCAGUGCUAUUUUCGUCUGGCGGAGACCAGUGCACAGCCAGUUUGGUAUUUCCGUAGACUGAGGCGCACUGAGGUGCGCCAAGCUGGGCGUGGUGGCGCAGAAGAGGGAGGUGUCGACAGAAUCAGCUGGCGCAGUGACAUUCUCGUGCUCGCUGGCGGUGUGGAAAGUGCGCUGAAAGCUCGCUGAUUCAAAGCUGGUCACAAACAGGUGGUUCCGAUUUUAAUGCAAUUUUUGGAGUUUAUGUUGUGAUCUGUGCGCACAACCCACCUUUGUCACAUGGGGUUUAAAUGUAUGCAACUUUAUGUGAGUGUCUUUAUUUGUGGAAAAGGGUGUUUGUCUUACCAGUGGGUCCAACAUUACACACACCAAAUCCAUCUGUGCUCAUAUGAGAGAGUGUGGAGGACACCCUCUGCAGCGUUUACAGCGACACUUGUUGAGGGGCUGCCUUCUGUCGCCAUCGUGUGGCAUUACUGUCUUCAGACAUCUCUUGAUCUCCUCGACUACUUCACAAAAAUUGUGAUAUGCCUCGCUGGUGGCAGAUUUAAAGGUGAGGAGAGGAGCUGAUGUGAUUGGUGAAAACCGGUCUCGGCUGUGUUAAACCUACUCCACGCCUUAUCCCUCUCUACUACUUACACCAGUGGGAGGAGCUGAGUUAGGGAGGGGGUAUACUUACACCGGGUUGCAUCGCUCACCAAAAUACCAAAAUGUGCUUGGGUAUGCCUUAUCGGCAAGGCGGACCUGACUCACACUGCGCCUGCGCCACGCCGCUGGCGAGGCAUGGAAAUAGAGCCCAUUGAGAGAUCUCACCUAUACAUGCUUUCUUUUAAAGCGUAUCAUUGAGCAGCACUUCUCUUGCUUUUUACUUCUUUAUCUCCAUUAUUCUGACCACAGAUGGAUCAUCUUUGUUGUUUUUUUUUGCCUCAGUUUUGUUUCGAUCAUUUUCUUUAUAUUGAGCUUCCAGAAUAAUUGAACUGUUUAAGGAUAUGUUUUCUCUGUGAACAGAAGAAGGCUGGAGUAAUAGUAGACAGCUUUGUGGAGGAAACCAGGCAGCCACAGAAAGGAUGAUCCAGUUUGGACGGGAGCUGCAAGCACUCAGUGAACAACUGUGCCGGGAGUAUGGCAAGAAUACUACACACAAGAAGAUGUUACAGGUGUGCACACACUUUCUAUUCUAGGAUGUUAGGAUGUUACAGUGAAGCAGAUAGAGCCAGUGUCAUUUCUCCAGAACACAGAAAGGCUGAAAUAUAUAUUUGCAUUGCAGCUUUUAAAGGGAUAUUCUGGCAUAAAAUUAAGUUAUGGUCAAAGACACCCUAACACCAAGUUAGACACUACCUCAAAAGAUGAAUGUUGCCGACUGCUUGCUUCUCUGGUUAUACCAACUUCAGCAACAACUGCACAAUAGCAAUACACAGCUGUCUAUGUCUCCACACGCAGACCAACAUGCUCCACCAAACAUCUUUUUAGCUUUGCUUAGUUUCUUUAGCAAGGAGACCAAACACAACUCACCCACUCUCCUCCAGCAGCCUCUUGUUUGUGGGGAAGCCCUGAUGAGUGCAGCGGAUUAUUUCCAUGAAGUAAUAAUCAUAAAUGUUCUUCCUUGAGCUGCGAAACUCUGCUGCACUCAGUGAUUGACUCGUCAGGGCUAGUACUAUGGCUGGAACCCUAUAUGUACUGUUGAUGAAGUUAGCUGCUGUUCUGAGUAUUAUUUGUGGCUAUAGAGUGGCUUUUUGGUUGAGGUUUGCACCUGGAGACGUAGACCGGUGUGUAUUGCUAUCAUGCAGUCGUUACUGAAGUUGGUAUAACUCGAUAAGAAAGCAGUCAGCAACAUUCAUCUCUGGAGGGGGUGUCUAAUUCGGUGUUAGUGUGUUUGACCGGAAUAUCCUUUUAACCCCAUUUCCACAAGAGUUGGGACACUGUGUAAAAUGUUGAUUGUUUUCAUAUUUCUUAAAAGCCUGUAUUUAAUCAGAAACAAAGCAAAGACAAGUCCAAUGCUGACACCAGAAAAUGUUAUUUUGUGUUCAUCUUAAAUUUGACAACACAAAAGAUGGUUUGCUGAUGUUUUUCAUCACCUCAUCUUUUCACAACACUUAGAAACUUUUGGGACCCAGGAGGCCAGUUUUUGGAGUUUUGAAAGUUGGAUCAAAAGGACUUCAGGAUUGCUCAAAGUUUUUUGUGACAUAAUGCAGCAAAUAUACAAAACAGGUAGCAGGUCUGGAUGGAGGGCAGCCUAGAUUAGCACCUGAACUCUACCACAGCAGUAGUAAUGCAUGUGAAAUGUACUUGGCAUCUUGGCUUUACAAUGCAAAGGCUUUCCUAACAAACAGCAUUGUUCGAAUGUUAUCCCCAAACCAUUAUAUAUCAUCCAUCAUUUCAAUAGCUUUCCCAGAUAUGCACUUAUGCAUCCCCAUACCACACUGGUCCUGUUGGUCCCUCCGCUCCUUUAGAAAAGACUGCAGCAUCCAUUAUUUCCAAAAAUAUGAAUUUAUCAGACUUCAGGGAAGUUUUCCACUUUAGUCCACCUUAAAUGUGCUCAGACCCAGCAUGCAUUUGUUGAUGCAGUUCACAAACUGUGUUCGCAGACAAUGACUCAUGGGUGGGACUUUGAGCCUAUGCAGUGAUGCUGUGUACAAUGAUUCACCUCUCUUGAGUGUUCUUUGUAUACCUAGUCAUGUUAUUAGCUUGUUGCUAUUAAAAAUGUAAUGCUCUUCCAUGUUUGAAUAUUACACAACCUAUCCAAUGUUUUGUUGUUCCUGUCUCAGCUAUUUUGAAACAUAUUGCUAAAAGGCUCAAAAUGUAAAAAAUGCCUGUAUUUUUUUAAUGCCAGUUUUUAGUUUCACAUUUGAUUUGUUGUCUUUGCAUCAUUUUCAAUGACAUAAAUGUAGCUUUGACUGGAUUGUUUACUAUCAAUUUCUGUUUUCAUCAACAUUUUACACAGUGUCCCAACUCUUAUAAAAUCAGGACUAUACUAGCAGGCUUUCUCAGAUGAGAACAUGAGAAUCUGUGAAAGAGUAACAAGUCCAGGUUCUGUUGAAAGGUUUGUCUGUUGUCAGUUAUAGCUAACAGUCCUUAACGAUGAAAAUAUCACCCAAAGGUCUGACAUCACUGAAACACAGCAACUGCAAUAUCUUUCCUGCUUUUGUAGUUCAUCAUUGUAACCACCAGGGGUCACAAACUCCAUACAAAUUACAGAAAUACUGUAUUCCUCUAAAACUCUCAUUCCUCAGAGUCAUACCAGAGUAACAGAGUGACAUAAUUAUGUCAUUAUUAUCAUGUUGUUGUCCACUGUAGCAAAGGAAGCAGACCAUGAAUGUUAGUUUUUUUUUCUUUCUUUGGGAUUAAGCUAAACAUUCAUUUGAGAGCUCCAGCCCCUAAAAGUUUCACACACUAGAUGAAAUUUACAUGGUUAAAACACAUUGUCUAUGCAUAACCUAAAGUGCCAGCUAAUUAAUUUAUUACAAUAAAGCUGUUAAAAAAGUUACAGACCUGGCAGCUCUUGACUUUGACUGAUUAGCUUUUCAUAUCCACUCAUAGAAGGGCGUCUUACAACUUGUGGCUGUCUAAGUAUUAGGGAUGUAAUGAUACACCCAAUGCCCGAUUUGAUACAGUUUCUGAUUCUAGGUUGACGAUACCAUUUUCCCACAAUUUUUUUUUUUAACAGAAUAAAAAAAGAUUCAUUUAAAUAUUUCUCAGGAAAAAAACAUUUCUGAGGUAGGGUGUAACUUCAAAACAAACUGCAAUGAAUGCACAUGUAAAAAAAAGCCUUCCACAACCGUCAACAAUCUAUUUUCAAAUCAUUUGCGAACACCAUUUUGUCUCUUGUCCGAAUCAGUGACACACAAUGCUGAACACAUAACAAGUUGAUCACGUGAACGUACCCUCCGCUGUUUAAAAAGGGCACUGCAAAUCAUUUUAGCCGAUUUGAAUAGUCACACAUUUGUAUCGAUUUUUUUAACUGUCUGGCGAUGCGUCGUUACAUCCCUAGUAAGAAUAGGUAUCUUUUUACCUGGCACAACCUCAAGGUUAGCGUGUUUCUUAAAAAUGGAGACCAGUGCAAAAAUGGAAGAACAUAUUGUCAACUGACAGCAGCCUUCGGGGAAAGUGCAGACACUAUAGCCCAUGUGUGUUUAAUUGAUCAAACUGUCUAACUGGUCAUUGCUUCAUUUAAAGGAGUACCUGUGGAUCCAUACAGAGACGGGGACUGGGACUUCAAAAGUCAGCCUGUUGAAGGUUUUUCAAUACUGUGUUUUAAUCAUGUUGCUUCCCCAUUUGUCCAUCUGUCUUCUUUUGUAGGAUGCAUUCAGCCUGCUAGCUUACUCAGACCCCUGGAACUGCCCGGUGGGCCAGCAGUUAGACCCUACACAAAGAGAAUCUCUCUGCUCUGCACUCAACAGUGCCAUACUGGGUAAAAAAAAGCAUGCAUUUGACUGUGAAACCAAUUUAUUCAAAGUUUAGCUGCACCUGUUUUGGUAUUGCUGUAACAAUGCAGAAGAUAAAAAAAUAUACAGUCUGCUAGUCGUAGAGAUUUGACCUUAAUUCCACAUACAUGCAGUAUUUUACAAUGGAUGCACAAUGCCUUCUGACACUCUGUCAAAGAAGUAGCAUAAACCAGUGUUUGGUUUAAACUAGACACGACUUGAAUUUGAUAGGAUCAUUAUUUUUGCUACAUGUUGGACUGCUAAAAAAUAUGAUAUACUGUAUUUUAUAAAAUAAUAAAUAUUUUCCUAAAACACUGAGGAAAAUCUACUGUACAAGAAUCAGGACAACAAAAAAGGGCUUUUACUUUGAAAUCAGAUGUGAUUGCUAUGAUAUUGUACAAAUUAAAACUGACCUUAAAUAAAAUCAGUCUUUGGAUCAAUAGGACAAACUCCCAGUGAGAAAUGACAAAAAUAACUGUGCUGUUUUUUUCAUUCCAGAGUCUCAAAAUCUGCCUAAGCAGCCUCCACUAAUGUUAGCGCUUGGCCAGGCCACAGAGUGUGUUCAGCUCAUGGCUCGAGUCCGAUCUGGUUCUUGCUCCUUUGCCAGAAUAGACAACUUUUUGCACUAGCCCAGGUCAAGGUGAGUUAUUUCAACCAACAUAAGGAACUACCGUUAGAGUCACAAAUGUCACUUGUCACUUCGGUCUUUCAUCUCACAAUUAAAUCACAGUGGUAGGGGAGACCGGGGCUUGCUGUCACAUGGGUAAGUUGUCACAUUGCAAUUAUCUUUGCCACCAGAGGGCACAACUAAAAAGUGAAAUACUAGUUUUAUUACUUUACAUGGUCAUGGGUCAUGUACUGUCUGAGAAGAGAAGAGCACAUUGUGAACUGAGAUGAGCGCCAAUUAACCAUUUUGCACAACCCAAAGUAAAAUAAAAAUUAAUUUUAUAUAUUUGAAAAUAAUUUUUUUCCAGAUAAAAAUCCUAGCAGUGAUACAUGUGGACUUGUUAGAGGAGACAUUAAGGCAUCCUGUCAUACCCUUGUUCUUUUUUUAAGAUAACUUUAAUCUAGAGGUAGAAUUAGCAAACAUGGUUGUUUGGGGCAACAUGUCUCAAUCAAUUCGGGGUUAGUUGUCACAUGUUUAGAGGGAAUUAAAAUUAACAUAGAGAGUCUGCUUAUCAGCAGUUGUCAUACAGAAAUUUUGACUAUUUUUACAGAGAACAGAGUGGUUUAAAGGAGAGGAGAAAGUGAGAAGACAUGGUCAGGAAUUACAAAAGAAAAACAGAACGUGGCAGUGCAGUGCCUGGCAUGAUGCUGAGGACAGUCAGUUAGGUGACCCUAGCUAAUAAAUCAAUUUGGAGUACAAUCAAAGACUUUAAUGUCAACUACCAUACUUUAGCUCGGUACUGAAAAAACAUUAAUCCCAGCUGAAAUACAGAGUCAGACAGAUCUUCAAACUCCAGAGCAUGUUGCAUAAUAUUUUAUUGCAAAAUCCACUGUGACAUCUUAACCCAUAUAAUGAGACAACUUACCCAAUGGUGGGGCAACAUGUCACAUGUUCACACUCUCUGUUUGAUUGCUUAUAACUCUGCACUGACACAUAUAAUAAUGACAUGAAUACAAAAUAUAUACCUGAGACUUUGGCCUUUAAUCUGGUACACAUCUUGUUUAUAUAUGAUGUAUUUGUGACCCGGAGGCUCAGUACAAUUAGCAGGCAGAACAACAACAUAUUAUUAAAAAUAUAUGAUCUUUAUUAAUUAAUUCAGAAUAGAGAAAUAUAAAAUAUUUUAUUACAAAAGGCCAAGAUCAUCAUCCAAAGUGGUAUUUCAUUUAUCACAGUGCAGAGAACAGUAUCACAGUUUCCAUAAAAAUGAGAGACAGAUCACACCGUAUAUUCAACAGCUUGCCCUAACCAAAUGAACCCCUAUCAGUAAACAGUAGCUGGGCUAAGCAGUGGCUCUCCACCAUCUACAAGGCAUAACAUAACAUACUGCACCGUCUAGAGAAUCUAAACAAUAACCAUCAUUACACAAUAAAUAAACAUGAGCCCCUUUACUUUGAGCUACUAACUCACCGAGACACACUACUGCAGGUACACAUACAGCAGGACCCCUCACUAAACUUCUCACGGUCUGUAUUGACCACUAAAAGGAACCACAUUUACAUAAACCAUUUAGUUCACUCAGGUUUCCAACACAUUAGAAACAAACCCACAUACACAGUCAGGAAACAAGAGAGGGAGAUACGGAAACUUACAUGUCAAUGCAUGAAUGACGCUUGGCGUGUUAAAAUGCCACCCAACGUGAAUACGGCGGAACACUGGCCAUUCAGUCACACCGCUCUGGCAUACUGCCUGCCCCGUCUCUUUCUGUCAUUCUGUCAGGGGAAACCAAUAACGUUCUUGAACAACUAAACAUGUCAGCUAAAACAAACGGAUAUCUCUUAGCAGUACUGCAGGUGAAUAACUCACCAGAACACAUAAAACGCCUAACCUGCACACUAUCUUUCUCUUGCGACGCGUGCUGCUCCAGGGGACAAUGUUUGCUGCAGCAGCCACCAUACACGGAAAUGCUCCAUCCCAGCUGUCGUCCAUCGCGCUAAAGUGCACGCUGACGCCGCAGCCCCACCCUCAACCCUGUGAUUAAAGGCACAUUACCCCGACCCGGCCACACAUUGAUUCCAAGAAAUAUAUAAGAGUGUAAAAUGUGUGACAACAAGCCCUGGUCUCCCCACAUCUGUGCUCAUGUUUGCCUUUGACGAUAAGGAGUUCUAUUGGAUCACGUUUACCUCACCAAUACCUGACACAAUGAGGAUCAUUGCUGAGUCAAGAGAAUACAUCCUUUUAUUUUAGCCUAGACCAUUUUCAAUUUAAUAUUCCAACACUUCUGUGAUAUUCAGCACUACUCCUGUAGUCUUACGUUUUUGCGUAGACUUGAGGAGUGAAGGAAACCUGGAAGCAUCGUUUGUUAUGACAAGCAGGUUUUUCUAUAUUUGGUGCAAAUCAUACCACUCUCCAGUGAAAGGAAACUGUGAGUGUAGUCACUUUAGCUAGCUUUAGCUAUUGCAGAAAAAUGCUCAAUUAGUCGUAUCUAGGUCAUUUUGUAACAUACCAGACACAUUUGACUCAAGACAGUCUGGCUGCAAACCUCCACUGUCAGGACCCUUUGUUGCAGAGUCCUGCACUGUCAGGAACCGCUCCGCUGAGAGGACCCAAGGUGAUGUUUUUUCUCACAUACUCCAGUUUGUUUUUGCUGCAUGGUCAUCCCCUUUUUCUCUUUGUUGAACACAUGAUGAAUCAACUUCUGGUUCGUUCGUGGAGCUGGUCCUAACAGUGCACUUGAUUUAACUUCCAGUCUGCUCAGUGGAGUGGUCCUCACAGUGGAGGUCUGCAGCCAGACCCCUCAUUUGUUUACACAGAUAAAAAAAGUCAUUAUUAGGCAUUGCUUUCAUUAUACAAUUAGACAACUGUUAAAGCACAGUGUCCUGAAGUUUUGAUUCCUUUUUUUAAAUCUGUGGUCCGAGUUUUUUCUCUGCUGAUUUUGCAGGGUUAAACCAAUGUGCAGCCAGCUAGGUUGGCAAAAAGAUCUAAUCAUGAUGGCAAACUUGUGUUUCAACUUUGAUUGCACUUUGAGACACAGGGCUCUAUUUUCGUGUACGCCAGUGAGGCGACGCAGUUGUAUUUUCGUCUGGCGCAGCCUGGCGUACAGCCAGUUUGGUAUUUUCGUGGACUGAGGCGCACGGACGCGAACCAAGAUCCGCCAAGCUGGGCGUGGUGGCGAGGCAGGGGGAGGUGUCGACAGAAUCAGCGGGCGCAGUGACAUUUUCGUGCUCACCACCAGCGUGUAAAGUGCGCUGAAAGCUCGCCGAUUCAAACCUGGUCAGCUUUCGGCGCAGGCGGAGCGCAGCUGGUCUAGUGGUAUUUUGGUAUACGUCACUGAUGCCUCACUGGCAGGUUUCCACAGUGUCAGGCACAUUUCAGUGCAAUAAAUAAUCAUCAACAACUAAUAAUCUGAGUCAGCACAUACAUUUAGAUCUAUAUCAAUAUAUUCUGAUCUAUAUCUGAUCUGAUGAGCGCAUUUGGCACGCGUUUGGACACACAACCUGAUCGAAUCAACACAGCUGAAACUGCAUCAAAUUAAAUUAAAUAUCUAGUAAAUAUACACACAUGAUGAAGUUAACUAGAUAUGUGAUUCGUCUCCCUGCUUUUCUGUCUUCCUCUUCCUCUUAUUUCUCGCGCAGCUCGACCUGGACAUGUCUCCGUGUCCUCUCUCCGUCCUGCAGCGGCUGAACAGAUGAUUUGUUUCAGUGCUCAGAUGCGUUAUCUACUUUAAGCCGACAUAUGGAUAUUAUAAUAUUCAGUUUUGUGAGCCAAAUUUAUUUUAUAUGCCAGCAUCUAUGAAAGAAAGAGCCAGGCCACGGAGCGCGAUGCGUCAUUUACGCACAGAUGGUUCCGAUUUUAAUGCCAUUUUUGGAGUUUAUGUUGUGAUCUGUGCGCACAACCCACCUUUGUCAUGUGAGGUUUGAAUAUAUGCAACUUUAUGCGAGUGUCUUUAUUUGUGGAAAAGGGUGUUUGUCUUACCAGUGGGUCCAACAUUACACACACCAAAUCCAUCUGUGCUCAGAUGAGAGAGUGUGGAGGACGCCCAAUGCAGCGCUUAAAGUGACACUUGUUGAGGAGCUGCCCUCUGUCGCCAUUGUGUGGCAUUACUGUCUUCAGACAGCUCGUGAUCUCUUUGACUAAUUCAUGAAAAUACUAAUACGCCUCGCCUGUGGCGGAUUUAAAGGCAAGGAGAGGAGCUUAUGUGAUUGGUAAAAACAGGUCUCGGCUGUUUUAACCCCACUCCACGCCCUCUCUCCUCCCUUGCUACGACUUACGCCGCUGGGAGGAGCUGAGUUAGGGAGGGGGGGUACUUACGCCGGGCUGCGCCGCUCACCAAAAUACCAAAUUGUGCUUGGGAACGCCUUGUCGGCGCGGCGGACCUGACUUACGCCACGCCUGCGGCACGUCUCCGGCGAAGCACGAAAAUAGAGCCCACAGUGUUAAAAACAAUCCGUGCAAAUGUUGGCUAUUGGGGCUGGAACUAAAAAAAAUGUAGUUUUUCCAUGUCCAAGGUUAGCAGGAGUCUUAAUCUAAAUAAAAAAUAUAAAUUAAUAUUCAGGUGAGAGAAUAAAAGAAUUCUUAUUGAUUAUCAUAAUUUUGUAUAUUAUAUUAUAACUUAAAUAAACACUGAUCUUACAGUACAUGACUCCAAUUAACAGUUACACCCUCACAGAAUCAUAAUAUUGACAAGGGGAUGUUUACUUUAGAAGAAUGCAAAUGAAUACAUGCACAUGCAUUGUAUUACCUGGCAUAGUUGUCUGUUUUUCUCUCCACAGGUUAAUGUUAAGUAGCACCAGGGAACGCUUGUCCAGCUGGUAGUUGUCAUGGUGACAGACGAAACAGCAAGAGGGCGAUUGGUGUGUUUGGCUGUCCACCACACGGAGCGGUGUAAUCAGAUACAGAGAGCAGGAAAGAAGAAAGCUUCCUUUUUAUUUAGUAUUAUGAAAUAAAGAAAUGUGUGACACUAUUUAAAGAUAAUUAUUAUUCUGUUUAUCUAGCCAUUUUUAUAGGUCUUUUUUGUCAGUUUGUUGUGCUCAUUUUGGACAAAAGUGUAACUCUCCCUUUUAUUUUGGCUUCUGUUUUAAUGGAUGCAUUUUGAUUCCCUACAUUCAGUAUUUCACUCUCAUUGUUAGUGUUCACCACACCACAGACCACAACUCACACAUCUAGUUGCCAUGGUGAAUCAGCUCAACUUACAUGAAUGUUAUCUUUUAUCUGACGGCCUAAUUCUCCUGAAGUACCCACAGUGUUGGGCACUUGUUCAUUUUUAAAAUAGGUUCAUACGAUCAAAAUAUUGUAACAUAAAAAUCACCUAUUAAUGAAAAAAACAUGCCCCUUAUUCUGCUCAAGGCUUCAGCUUUAUCAUGAAGGAACUAUAUUUAAUUGGGAAUUAAACUGAGGACAAUCGUGGGUACUCAGAUAGUUUCAGCAGGUUGGAGAUUAAGGCGUUUAAAGGCUCAUUUAUGCUCGCCAUACAUAUGAAAAUGUACACAUCCGUUUCAAACAGGGUCUGUCACUGCCCACAUACUUUCAUGCAUCCUUUACGUUGGCAUGGAUGUUAACCAUUACAUCCAACAGGGGGCAGGCUGGAGUCCAAAGUUUCUGACAACAACAAACAAAAAGUAGCAUGGCAACUGUGGAGUAGCUGGUGAUAAUGUAUAUUUUACAUAGGAGACAGAAAUAGAGGCAGCGUUGGAGGAGGAGGUGGUCGGUCAGGCCACUAAAUGCCUCACGGUUGGAGGACGGAGAAUUCUUCUCUCUAGUAGUAGUGACAGCAGCAACACUGCCCCCACAGUUUCUGGUGGUACUGCUUCAUCUGGCCCGUAUCCCGUAAACUUCAAAGAUACGUGCAGAAAUACGGAUGAGAAAAGAACACAACACAGACAGAGAGGUCCACCCAUAUCCAGAUCCGUAUGUAUCGGUUAGGAUAAAUGAGCCUUAGAAGGUCAAGUGGUGGCAUGUUUCAAAAUACAUAGAAUUAACAGGCUGCUAGCCAAAGAACAAAACACCUCUUGAGGAAAACGUCACUUUUGUAAGACACCCAACUGACAGGCAUCUUGAUUCACAAAUAAUGCCAGUAACCAAAAUUGGAAUUUGACUACAAGUGUAGCAGCCUUAACUUAAAUGUCUCAAUCAGCCCAUGUGGUGUGACUGCUGGUGGUAGAACUCAGCCACAGCUGAAGCCUUGGUACCUGCUUGCACAAUGCUGGUUAAUGCCAGCAAGAAGGAAAACAUCCACAUAGGAAGGCUAAUAAGCACAGAAUGUAUGCUGAUAGAAGUCAAGCUACUCUUGGGCAUGUCAGGACAGCAGGCCCAUUUUUCUUUUGCUACACAACCAAGCCCUGUUCUGUGCCUCCAGUUUAGAUAUUUAAUCAUUUGCCAAAAUUGAGUUGUUUUUAAGCUGAUGGUGAGGUCAGCAGCAAAUGGUGAUUAACAAAUCAUUUUGGACCUGUAAUACCAAAUGACUCAAAGGUUGUGAAAAAACAGCUGUGUGUAUGGUAAAAAAAGAAAAAAAGGCCAUUUUCAUGAGUGAAGAUGUUCAUCCAUUUCUGAAACAGCUUUGAACUUGACCAUGCUUACCUUGUUAUUACACAGAGGGUGGGAGUCAAGUUUAUACAGCCUGACCCUUGGAGGAACUGAAAGUGUGUACAAUAAUGGGAUGGAAAAAAGAAGCAUAUUUUGAUCUCUGACAUUUGCUGCUGGUCAACCUGAGAUAUAUAGAGUAACUACACUGAACUUGUGCUUCUUGGCUGCAGUUUUGAGUCUGAUCUGAUGUAACCAAAAAAAUUAUAAUCACUUAAGCCCCUUACAGCAGGAAAACACCAGCCCAUGGCAGCCUUACUUAUCAUUCACGUCUUUACGUCAUCUCAAGAUAGUUUGGUACCAUAGAAUUGUUCGAAAAUUAAAAAUGGAAUACAUGUACGUUUAUGAUGAUAAGCAAUGAAAUUCAUUGAUUGGAAAAAGAUCUUUUGAAAUGAUCAUUUCAACAUUCAUAUACAAUGCAGCGUCCCUUGCUUAAGUCUUUCUCUAAGUAUCGCAGCUUUAAGUGCAUGUUUGUUUUUUAUUGCAAAUAUUCACUGAUCUCAGCAGCUUGCCUUGAUAGGUCCAGGAAUUGCUAGCUACCCCUUAGCUAGCUUCUAUAAGCUCACUAACUAGCUGGUUUCUUCCUCAUGUACUAAGAUGACAGCUGUUCAUUUACACUCCGCACUGCCUGCCUGGAAACAAACUUUUUGGGCCUGAUCUACUAAGAUCCCAAAUAGCGAACGCUAAAUUGCGUGUGCAAACUAAAAAAAUUGCAGGUGCUUUUAGUGGGGGUGUUGCCGGUGAUCUACUAUGAUUGCAUGCACAAUUAAUAACAGGAGCAUUAGUGGUGCGGACCGCCUUCUUAAAACGAGGACUUUGCGUGCGCUAUCCGCCGUCACCAUGGAGAGUUUGUGAGAGCAGAGUGAUCGUAGAUGAAAAAUGAAGCUUGAACCCAUGGAGUUGCACCUAUCAUUUUAGGGAAGCCAGCAACUGCAUAAAAGGCAAGGGAAGUUUAUUUGUAUAGCACCAUUUAUACACAAGGCCAUUCAAAGUGCUUUACAGAUGCAAGAAAAAAUAUAUCUGAAAUAAAAAAAAAAAAGAGAUUCAAACAAUUUAAAAUCAAUAAGACAGAGAUACAUUUUUGCGACUGUUUCGUGUCUGAACUAAUUAUUUAUCAAAACCGUCAUUUACUAGAAGAACACUUUUGUAAUGUUGCCUCCUUCUCCCCACAAUGACUUCAGUCAUUUAUGUGUAAUGCUGUGCCGGUUUGCACGUGCCUUUCAAACGUGCUAAAUAUAGACGCAAAACAGUGACCGCUAUCGGUUUCCGGGUUUGAUAAAUCACAUUGUGGGUGCUAAAUGAUUUUAUAUGCAUCUGCUCCUCCCAGAAUUUUGCGUGGUCUGAUUAUCUACAUACAAUCUGCAUAUUUAUGAAGGCAAACACACUAAAUCGAUUGCGUGCACUGUUUUUACCUCCGCCAAGGAGGUUAUGUUUUCGGUAGCGUUGGUUUGUUUAUCUGUGAACAACUUUACGGAGAAAGUAACAGACGGAUUGACCUGAAAUUUUCACCAGAGGUGCAUCUCAGCCCCAGGAGGAUCCCAUUACAUUUUGGUGGUGAUCCGGAUAGCCUUCUGGAUCCAGAAUUUUUUUGAAGGAUUCUUUAUCAUUGUGAGAUAGGGCAAAUUUUGGAAUUUUUGCAUUUACUCUAUAAAAAUGGCCAGAGUCUUUAGUAAAAAAUGACACAAAAGGAUCUCAAUGAGUUUUAUGAGGUGUCAAAGGUUGAUCCUGAUCCAGACAAAAUUCUGGAUACUGUGAUCCAGAACACACAAAAAUGAGGGUGUUGUUGGAAUUUUCAAUGCUGAAAGAUAACCAAUGGGCGGCACAGUGGUGUAGCUGGGCGGUAAAGUGGUGUAGUGGUUAGCACUGUCGCCUCACAGCAAGAAGGUCCUGGGUUCGAAUCUGGGUCAGGGCAUUUCUUGUUUUAGGAACAUUAUGAACAGUGAAAAUACCAGUUUAAGCACAAAUAAAAGUUCAUAAAAAACACGUAACAGUAAAAGUUUUGGUGUGAAUCACAAUAUAAGGGGGGGACAUGAGCUGCUUGGUGGAGGUCUGCACUCUCUGAGUGCUUUUCUAGUUCUCAUUGCGCCAGGUCAGUAGAUCAGCUUUGCCCACACUAUCAAGUUUGCACAUGCUUUUGCACACGCAACCCUUUAGUAGAUCAGGCCGUGUGUGUGAGCUAGGGAUGGGCGAUAAAUUAUCGUUUACAAUUUAUCAUCAGAAAAAGGCUCCAUGAUAAAUAUUUGACAUCUUACGGUAAAUGCAAGUUGAUGACGUGAGCACGAGCAAUGGACUCACAGCCGUAGCCCACACAAAGUAGAAUAACAUACAAAUGUAGUCGAAGGUGGUGAAGAAGAUGUCUCUGAGCAGUUCGUUGCUAAAACAGGUUCCACGUGAGAGAUUUUCUUCAGGAUUAGUAUGCCAGACAUUGGACAGUGGAUCUGCUGCCACUGUUCACUCUGUGCAAUAAGAGUUUUUAACAAAGUGUUUUCACAUUUGAGACUUGUUUGAUGUCACUAAUUUUCCCAAUAACCUACCACUUUAAGUCGUAUCUUAUUUCACUAUGCCAACUGGUGUUCUUAAGACAGAAUGAGCAGAAAACAUGGAUUAAAAUGAUAGUAUUUUUUAUCUGGACUUUUACCGUCAUCACAAGGAAGGCAAAACUUAUUGUGAUAAAUUUUUAACCCAUAUCGCCCAUCCCUAGUUCAAGCUCAAGGCCUUAAUAAAUAACCUGAAGGUUAAGCUGCUAGUGGCUGGCCUGUGGUCAGCAUCUGAAUUUAAAAGCACUAUUGACAACAUCACCUAACGUUAACUGACUUACGUGUAGAGUGGCACUAAUUUGGUUAUGAGCAUAACUUUAAAAGAAAAUACUGUGAUGAGUGAAACAUGCUGCUUUUUCACCGCUGACAGGUGCUCGAUAGCCAUCAUUGGCCUGAUUUAUUUUGGAUAACAUCCGGACGUCGCUGUUUGUCGCCCUGUUAUGAAUGAUAAUGCAGUUGUAUUACUCAUACUCAGUGGCUGGUUCCUAGUACAUGAUUUUUGACAUUUACUCCGACACAAUCAUCUUGUGUUGUUCAUGGCAGAUAGGGGAGGAGAAGGAUUACUCACAGCAGAAAUGUAAAUCAGACUCAACUGUACCAUAUUUCCAUGUACACCAGUGAUUGCCUGUUGAUUACAAAUGUGUGAGGCUCCAUCCCUAAGCUUUAUCUAAAAAAUUGAAUUCUCUUGUUUAAUCAUUGGACCUGUUUUCUACCAAAUAGCACUGACUGAAUGUUGUCUGUGGCUAACCGUCACUCUGGCUGUUUUGUUGUGACCUGGAAAUGGCUUGUGGAUCCACCUUGAUGUGUAUAUUUACCAUUUAUAAGAUUUAAGUAUAUGGUAGAGAAAUAUGGAAAGAUAUCAUUUUGGAGAUGUGUGUAUGCACUGUGGAGUUUACUACAGGGUAUGUGGUCAAAGUUUUACCAAGCUGUUUUUAUGAAGAUCUUCCAAUAUAGUAAGAACUAUUGUUAUAACCAUACAUACAGAGCACACUCACAACCUCUGCUUCUACAGCUGUAUAGGAUUUCUGUUACAUACACACCCGUUGUUCAAGAACAACUUCUGUUGCCUGUAGGGAACAAGUCUCCCAGCUGUCCUUUGUGUUUGAACCUGGGCUGCAUCUCAGCUGUGAUACCGCACACACUUCCUCCAAAUUAUUACAUAGAUAUAGGCACUGGUCAGUGAUUGUUUUAGCGAAGAGAAGGACGCAAACAGUUUUUGAGCUACAUGGACUUCUCACAAAGAGGCUGGAGAAGAAGAUUUGGGUAUCACAGACUUGUGUCAUCAUUUUUAGUUCAUCAAUUGAAUUUUGAGUUUUAGGGGAAAAAAAUACAAAUAUGAAGAAAAUGUAAAUUGAGUUACCCUCUACUUAGCAUGACUUUUAAAACUUGUAAAACAAAAUAAAAAAAAAAAUAAGGAAAAACUAUAAUUGAAAAAACUAUGUAUUAAAAAACAUCUUAAAAAAAGAAAUAUUGUAUUCUGUUUAAUUUUGACAGAAUUAUUUUUAUUAAAAUACAUCCAUAAGCAUA